AUACGAUGUCCUUUACAACACUUUUUAUUGAUGGUGCGCCAGAUAGAACUCCAAUACUGCCCUUUCAAGAGCCCGUAAUUUAUUAGCACAGAAAACGUGGCCAGAAAAGAGAUUUCAGCCCAUAGUAGGAAAAUACUGGAACCCCAUCCCAUCCGUGGCGAGGAGGUCGAAGGGACUCGUCUGCGAUCCAAACACUCGCUCGAGCCCCAAAUGACGAGAUAAUGGCGAGUUUCCAGCAUCAGGGCACGUAGGCACUGUGGCGACUCUGUAAGCGUGUCUUAGGUGCAGUGGGACUCUGUGUAAAAUGAGUGAAGCCCACCUCAGGAGGGUACUGGUGGAAGAUAUCCCCUCCCUCGCGGCGUGCCACACCGUCGCAGGCCAGUCAGCUGAUUUGGCUCCUGUGCACAGUGCCAGGCUGAGGACUUCCCUCGGGAGCGCCAUGGAGGACAGGGCGGGCACGGAGGGCGGCACUCAGGGGCUGGACAGAAGGACAGUGGCAGACGGGCCCUCACACACCCCAGGCCUGGAGUCAGAGUUGAGGGAAAAACUCUCCUUCAAGAAUGGUGUUAUGAAUGGCAUGAAGAUUGGCACCACAGAUGCGGAGGUCCAUGUGCCAGCGAUUAAGCCUGCAAAGGCACUGGUGUUAGACGAACAGUGUUCGGAGUCUAGUCAUGAGUCUGCGUCCAAGUCGGACAUCAACGGAACUGUGUGCAACGGGCACUCAGUGUCAGAGGCAACAAGUAGCAGUAGUAUUGCUAUUUCGGACACAUUUUCAAUUAAUUCUGAAAAGUCAUCGGACUCAUCCCACUCUUGUUCGGGGGCCCGUCCGAGGACAAGAAAUACGUCAAACAGUUCGCAGGGCACGCAGCCCAAAAGUGAAAUUGACCUUAGCUCAACGAGUGAAAGUUUAGUUACGCCAGAAAUCUGCAUAAGCCCAGUCCCAUCAAACGAGGAAAUUUUGAAAAUAGAUUAUGUGAACUAUGAAAACGAGUUACAAAUGGCUUCAAUUAUGAGACUAAUACAGAAGGAUUUAUCCGAACCCUACUCUAUAUACACGUAUAGAUACUUUAUCCACAAUUGGCCCAAGUUGUGCUUCCUGG